UCGGCCGCCAUGUUGGCUGGUGUGUGGGUGUCAAACGGAGCUAGACACGGUGGUGGCGGCGCCAGCGCCUGUGGCUCCCAGGGCUCCGGUCGCUUUCGCCUCCCCAGCGCUACUGGCGGCCGUAGCCGCGCACCCAGGCCGGCCUUAGGGAGCGAAGCCUAACCAGUUCCGAGAGACUGCUAGCAGAUGUCUUUGCAGGCUGAGUCUGUUGGAGGCAGCACCCGCCUUGGCUGCAGCCCUGUGUCUCGGCUGUGUGAUGGCUGUGUGAUGCUCUUUCCUGACCUGUGCCUGUGUCGGUAGCAACACCCUGGACCUUGCUCACAGGAGUUGCAGCCUUUCCUGUGCUGCCAAAGGCCUGGGAGGCCCGGCUGCGUGUGAGGAGUGAUCACUGAUGGCAUUUCCUGUGGCUUUCCUGCUCCCAACAUCUUUCAGGUCAUGGCUUCCAACUUCUCAGACCUGCAUCUCCAGCAGAGGAAAUGACUGUCAGGAAUCUUGCUCCAGAUCUGUUACAGAGACUGAACCUUUGCAGGGUACAAACUUGCCCAGGACAGGAAAGUCUCUCUUUUUGAAGGGCUUUACAUUUGUAACAAAGAAAGAAAGAUGACAACUUCGUCUAUCAGACGGCAGAUGAAAAACAUUGUAAACAAUUACUCAGAAGCUGAAAUAAAAGUACGAGAAGCCACCUCCAAUGACCCAUGGGGCCCAUCCAGCUCUCUGAUGACCGAGAUCGCGGACCUGACCUACAACGUGGUAGCCUUCUCAGAGAUCAUGAGCAUGGUGUGGAAGCGGCUCAAUGACCAUGGCAAGAAUUGGCGGCAUGUGUAUAAGGCACUGACACUGCUGGACUACCUCAUCAAGACGGGCUCUGAGCGGGUGGCCCAACAGUGCCGAGAGAACAUCUUUGCUGUCCAGACCCUGAAAGACUUCCAGUAUGUUGACCGUGAUGGCAAGGACCAGGGCAUCAAUGUGCGUGAGAAGUCAAAGCAGCUGGUGGCCCUCCUCAAGGAUGAGGAGCGGCUGAAGGCUGAGAGGGUCCAGGCCCUCAAAACCAAAGAGCGCAUGGCCCAGGUUGCCACCGGCAUGGGCAGCAACCAGAUCACCUUCGGUCGAGGCUCCAGCCAGCCCAACCUCUCUACCACCUACUCAGAGCAGGAGUAUGGCAAGGCCGGGGGAUCACCGGCCUCCUAUCAUGGCUCACCCGAGGCCUCCCUGUGCCCGCAGCACCGCCCAGGGGCCCCACUGGGUCAGAGCGAGGAGCUGCAGCCACUGAGCCAGCGUCACCCCUUCCUGUCGCACGUGGGGCUGACCUCCCACCCAAAUGGUGACUGGUCCCAGCCCUGCCUCACUUGUGAUUGUGCAGCCCGAGCCACAUCCCCCCGGGUGUCUUCUGAGCUGGAACAAGCCCGGCCCCAGACGAGUGGAGAAGAGGAGCUACAGUUGCAGCUGGCACUGGCCAUGAGCAGAGAAGUCGCUGAGCAGGAAGAACGCCUCAGGCGGGGUGAUGAUCUCAGGCUGCAGAUGGCCCUCGAAGAAAGCCGGAGAGACACGGUUAAAGUUCCAAAAAAGAAAGAGCCCGGCUCCUACUCACAGCAGACCACUCUGUUGGAUUUAAUGGACGCCCUCCCCAGCUCAGGCCCUGCCAUCCAGAAAGCAGAGCCCUGGGGCCCAUCAACCACGGCUAACCAGACCAACCCCUGGGGUGGGCUAGCGGCCCCCGCCAGCACUUCGAGCCCCUGGCCAUCAUUCGGUGCCAAGCCAGCUUCCUCUGUUGAUCCGUGGGGAGCUCCCCUCAGGGCCAGCACGCACUGUGUCUCCAAGAGCUCAGAUUCCUGGGCCACCCCACAGCAGCCUGCCCCCGAUGCCGAGAAAGCUGCUGGUGCCUGGGCUCCUGUCUCUGCUGCCGAGCCCACGUCUGCCCCUGGGACCUUUGAUCUCUUCAGUAAUCUGAAUGGAACAGUUAAAGAUGACUUUUCUGAAUUUGACAAACUCCGAACUUCAAAAAAAACAGCUGAGGCGGUGGCCUCUCUGCCAUCCCCCCAAAAUGGAGCUACAAGCCCCGACCCCUUUGAGUCUCAGCCCCUGACCAUCACCUCCAGCAAGCCCAGCAGCACCCGGAAAACGCCAGAGUCUUUCCUGGGCCCCAACGCAGCCCUGGUGAACCUGGACUCGCUGGUGACCAGGCCAGCCCUGCCAGCCCAGUCCCUCAACCCUUUCCUGGCACCAGGUGCAUCUGCGGCAUCGGGCCCUGUCAACCCCUUUCAGGUGAACCAGCCUCAGCCACUCACACUGAACCAGCUUCGAGGGAGCCCAGUCCUGGGGACCAGCCUGUCCUUUGGGCCUGGCCCAGGUGUGGAGCCCCCGGCCAUGGUCUCCAUGACCCCCACAGCCUCACACCCAGCUCUAGGGCCCAGCAGUGCCUCCCUGACGCCACUGGGCCCCGCCACCAUGAGCAUGGUGGGCAGUGUGGGCAUCCCCCCAUCAGCGGCUCAGGCUCCUGGCACCACCAACCCUUUCCUUCUCUAGGGCCCAGGCCUGGGGCCACCACAGAGCAGGUGCCCUGAGAACCUGUGCCCGAGGCCACUGAGCAGGGACUCGCCUUCGCGGAGUGGUGUCCAAGAGGUGGGGAUGGGUGCUGGGGCUUUCCAGGUGCAGCUUCCUGAUGGAAGGGUUGUCUUUACUCCCCAGUUGUCAGGCUGGAGCAGGGAGGGCUCACUGAGAGGACAGGCCCAGCACGUGGCUUUACACCUGGUGGCCUGCUUGCCCAUCCCCAGCCUGCAGCCACGUGACAGGGAAGCGCCUGGGCAGGCCCCGCCACCCUCAGCCCCUUCUUCCAAAUGCAGGGUUCUGGCUGCUAUGGGGCUCGGGAUCCCCAGUGUCGCCCUUGCCCUUAGCCUCAGCCAGAGGGCCUUGGAGGCACUGCUGGCCCAGGAACUGGGAUGGCCGCCUUGUGUUUGUCCUUCACCCCAGCCCUGCCGACACCCCAGGCAGUCCCAGGAGUGGUGGGAAUGAGGUGUUGGCUCCAUUACACGCUGACCUUCUAUGGAAGUGGUUGUGCAGAGUUGCCUCUGACUCAUGUGAGUUAGGGGUGAGCGCCACCGCCAUGGGACGACUCUUGAAUUAAACCCACUAGAGCAAGCUUUAAACUAAUCGGAGCAUAACCCUGCCACGUGGCUCUGUGCUUGUAUGCAUUUGCACAGAUUUUGUUUAGUGCAGUUUCAUAUUUGAGUUUGCAGAAUUAUCUAAUAGUCUUUUUUUGGCUAAUAUUUUUAUAACGUGGUUCUUAUUUAACUGUCUAAUUUUGAUAGAAUUUACCAGGACUGGCUGAAUGAAGAUAUUGGAAUAUAUCAUGUUCAUAGUUUAAAUUCUCUUAUUUAUGGUUUUAACUCUAAGGAAAUUUAAAUAGGAAGAGACAAAAAAGCCUUAUGGAAAAACUAAAGCAAAUUAUAGGGAAAAACGAGAAUUUGAUUACACUUAAAAGAUGUUUAUUUAAAAAAACUACAACAAAAAACUCUAGCCUCCAGUUGCCUUUUCCUUCAAUUCCCUUAUUUGGUGAAUUACCAAACUGAUUGACUUCCAGCCUUUCUGGCUAGAUGCUAAGAAAGAGGCUAUUUUUCUUACUAAUACACCAGCAUCAAGAAAGUUGAAAAAUCUGAUGUGUGAAUGUGACUCACCACUUUUCAUCCGAGAGGCCCACCAUUCACCGUGCAGUUGUGAAUGGAAGAGACAUAUGUCCGGCACCUCCGGCGAUGGGCCUCCUGUGUGCUGGCCCACGCCCGGGGCGCAGGUGAGGACACAGGUGUCCAGGGGCAACGCAGUUCUUUGCCCCUGGCUCCUGCAGGUCUCCCGGCUGAGACGGGGUGAGGGAGCAGGGCUGGCCCUGACCCACCCCCUGCUGACUUGACACACCCUGCAGACCUAAAAGUUAUCAUCUCUUACUUUGGAGAGGAAGAAAAACAUCAUUCUCACACAAAAUAGAUAUUUAACAAACAUGCACUAAUAUUACCUCUCUCUCCCUACUUCCUGCUCUCUUCACCCCACCCACCACUAUAAAAAAAAGUAUUAGGUCAUGAAUUAAAGACCAGAAAAGACUUGCUUACCCCCAGGGAAGGGACUUUCUCCCUUCAAACCAUGUGUCUGGUCAGCUUGCUUCACAUGGCACUGAGGAUUUCUUAACCCUAACCCCAAGGGCAGCUGACCACUCCCUUUGGGCGGGAACAGGGCCCCUCCACCCCUCAGGUUCUAGGAGGGGGUCUGACCCUCAGCACCGGGCACAGGAGAGGUAGAGAAUGCCGGGAGGCGUGCAGGUUGGUUCAGAACUACCCUCUUAGGCCCCCCUCCUGUGUCCUCCUCCCCACUCCGGUGUUGCUCCCUGAGGUCUCUUGGGGCCACCCACUGGGGGCUCCGAAGGCCACAUCUGGCACCUCCAGCCUGGGCGUAGGCAGAGCAGGUAGACUGGGGCAGGGUGCUUCCCCACGGGGUGUGCUUGGCCAUUCCUGGGUCAGUGGUUCUUUGUAACAGUCAGAAGCUCCUCCUGCAGUGCAGCUGCCAGGUCACCAAGGCCCACAGACUCCCGCCUUGCACACAGGCUGGUCCUUGGGCACCUCAUCCACGUUGCCUGCUGCACUGAGCGUGAAGCCACCAGCCACUGCCACGAGUGCUGUGCACAUGCCAUCAUGCUGCCUCCUGGUGGGCACUGGGACAGGGGUGUCACCCAGCCAUUUUUUCAGUCCCAGGGGCUGGUAGCUGGUUUUGAACUUGUGUUGACUAUUGAUAUUUACUUGUAUAAAUAUAAUUUAUCAUUUGUACCAUGA